AUGUCACACAACUUGCGCGACACGCCCUUGGGAGCCCUCCUGCGACUCACUGGCUUCAAAGGCUCUCUGCUGUAUGCUGAAGAGCUGCCAGACUACCAAGCGCCAGUUCAAGUCGGUACGCCUACUGAGCAUGGGAAGCAUGAAUCUUCCACUGGCAAGGACGACCCGCUGCAACACAAAUCUCCCGCCCGGCUCGUCGCUUGGAACGGGCCCGACGACAAAGAUAAUCCACGGAACUGGUCCCCAGCGAAGAAGAGAUGGGUUAUGACGAUCAUUACACUCUAUACCUUCGUGGUGUAUACUUCCGCCUCGGUCAUCAUCCCAAUCGUCGACAUCGUCAUCGAGAGGUACAGCGUUUCUCUCGACGUUGCCACAAUGGGGUUAUCAGUCUAUGUCUUCGGCUACGCCCUAGGACCUCUGCUCUGGUCCCCUCUAUCUGAGCUCCGCUUCGUCGGCAGAAACCCGCCGUAUCUUUAUUCCUUCAUCGUCUUCAUCAUCAUCUCCCUCGUCCUCUGUUGGAUCGACAAUUACGCAGCCUUUAUCGUCCUGCGGUUCUUUCAGGCUUUUUUUGGCAGUCCGCCGCUCGCCACAGGAGUCGCAUCCAUCGACGACAUCUACAAUGUCUACUCUGCGCCAUAUGCAUACUCCCUCUGGGUGUUAGCACAGUACGUUGGACCCGCAGUCGGACCAGUAAUCGCUGCCUACACCAUCAACACUUCCUUCCGUUGGCCGCUCCGCGAAGUCGUCAUCAUAUCCAUCCCAGUCCUCAUUCUCCUGCUCCUCCUGCCCGAGACCUCUCACUCAAACAUCCUCCUACGCCGCGCCCGGCGCAUACGUCUCGCGACCGGCGACAACCAAUACCACUCCGCUGCAGAGCUUGAGCCCAUCACAUUCAGCUCGAUCAUCACCAACACCAUGAUCAAGCCAACCGAGAUCUCCAUGAAGGACCCGGCCAUUGGUUUCGCCGCCGUCUACAGCAUGCUCGUCUACGGCGUCUACUACUCCUUCUUCGAGUGCUUCCCUAUCGUCUACCUCGAACGCUACCACUUCACCACCCAAUCCCUGUCCCUGACCUUCAUCUCCUUGGGCCUUGGCGGCUUCAUUGGCUACCUCACCUACUGCCUCUACCUGCACACCUUCUUCAUCCCACGCGCCCGAGCCUACCACGCCAAACACGCCCGCCCUGUCCCACAAGAAGACUGGCUCAUUCCGGGCCUCUUCGGCGUCUUCGGAGUCUCCGCAUUCCUCUUCAUGUUCGCAUGGACAGCCAACUCAGGCUCGAUCCACUGGAUCGUACCCAACAUCGCCACCACCUUCCAAGCCGUCUCCUCGUUCUGGGUCUUUCAGGCUAUCAUCUGCUAUAUCGUGCUAAGCUACCCGCGCUACGUGGCGAGUUUGUUCGCGGCGAAUGAUCUGUGUCGGAGUACUGCGGCGGCGGCAAUGGUGCAGAGUACACAUUAUUUGUAUGUGAAUUUGGGGAUCGGGAAGGGGGUUAGUUUGAUUGCAAGCGUGGCUGUGAUUGGGAUUGUGGGAAUGUUUGUGCUUUGGAGGUGGGGUGGAUGGUUGAGGGCGAGGAGUAAGUUUACUGGGGGCGAGAGGGUGGAAGGGCAGGUGGAGCGGAAGGUGGAGGGGAAGGGGGAGGGCGGACCGAAGGAGAAGGCUGCGGAGAGUUGA